AUGGAGGGAAUUCUUUCCUCCUCUCCGACUUUGGAGGAGGAGCUGCUUGAUCUCUCCUCCAGUUGUUCUUCAUCAUCCAGCGAAACACUGCAAUGUGUGUCUGUUGGCCCUCUUGGCAGUGGGUCGGAGACGUCCUUCAAACUUCUUGGGGGUCGUACUCUGAGUAUCGCCACCCCAACGGCCCAUGUUAUCACAGAGGACUUAGAAGUCUACAGUGAUGAGAUCAUUGACGAAAUCCUUAUUAUAAUGAGGACCCAAAAAGAUGAUGACAGUGGAAGUGACGUCUCUCGUGCAUCAACACCAUGCAGCACACCAGCACCACAGAGCCAGUCCUCUUCUGCACUGAGGGGAGUGCUUCCCCAUGACCGGAGGAUACUCAGCACAACACUGCUUGGAAUCCAGAACACACUAGACAGUGAGAACCUCUCAGGAGAGUGCUCCAUCUCACCACAGGACAAUGCCAGAGUCCUGGAGAUGAUAAAGUUGCUGCAGAGGCGCCUUGAUGGGACACCCUCAGAGUCCUCCAUCCAUAUCACAGAUGUGGCUUCACCCUUGGGCUUUCCUCUCCCUGUAUCUCUCAAUGCUGUUCAGUCGUGUGUAUUUGCCACUGACAAAGACCUGAAGGCAGAAAGAGCGAAGGGAGUCUUUGAAAGCCUGAGAUCCCAGUUUAUGAGCUACUCCAUCAAGCCUGUGAGUAACAUCAUUACCAGGGCAACAACAAAGAUGGCUGCCUCCAAUCAGGUUAGUUUAGAGACACUCCAGGCAGCAUCAGCAAAAUCAUCUGCUGUGGCUCAGAACCUUAUUAGUUCGGUUUUAUUUCAAGUUGCCAAGGUGUCCUGCUCUGAUGACUUAGAGGGUCUGGGUGAUCAUCUCAGAUGCCCCUCAACUUUGACCAGAGUUCUGACACCUUUGACCUCAGAGAAAGCUACACUGACACCUGCUGUUCUGAAGAUCAGAAGGGAGAUGUGUAAGGAAGUGGCCACCGAACUCCAGAGUUUCUUGAUCAAGGAAUCCCUUACUGGCACCCAGACACCAUCCAAUGGACAUGCUUGCACUUCUGGUUCUGCCCCAAGGGAAGCUGUGCGGGACAUCCUGAGGAAAACCAAAGAGGAGGCUUCCAACAAAAGCCUGAAUAAUAUUUUCUCUGUUAAUUUGGAUGAGCGGCUCACAGACUCCAUUGCAGAUGCCUUAUAUCCAAAGCUGCAUGACACAUUGGAGUCCAAGAGAGAGCUGCAGGCUUCUUAUUACAGCUCCCAGAUCAGCUGCAGCCUCAGCCCCUUCAAAGUUGAGAGCAGUCUAGAGCUCCAGGAGUUCACUGACCCACUAUCUGAGUCAGUAUUGUGUCUCCUGGAUAGGACAUUUGGAGAUAAAGCUCAGAACUUAAAGACAGGCGGGGGUGUUUUACAAUAUGUCACAGACCCAACCUAUAAGAAGCUUUUGAUUGGACCCCACACCAACGACGUGAAUGUGGUUGUGCACACGAUUGCAGUGGAGGAGUUGCCUGUUGAGGGUUGUAUUGCGCAAAGUGAGGCCAUUCAUGGCCUUCACAAGAAGCAAGAGUUACCUUCCAGCACCAGUGGCAGAGGGAAUGAGACUCAGAGCCCUACUAAUUGCCUACUGGAGGGUGUAGUGGGCAAACUGGUACGGAAGAUGCUAUUUCAGGGCCUUGACAUCCCUGAGGUACCCAUGAACGACAGCCGCUCUGAGAGCUUUAAGCUACAGUAUGAACUGGUUGCGAAGCUUUGUCCUCUGAUGGUAAGGACAAUCAUGGCUACAACCAUAGCCAAUCAACCACCUACUAUUCAAGAAGCAGUGAUGUCUUCCGAGAACAUCCGUGUGAAAGAGCUGUGUGAGGCAGGUAUCAAACCUCUCAAAGAGAACCAUGUACCCGAUGACUCUGAGACAAACAUCAUGGUCAGAAGGGCUUUGAGUGAAAUUGAAUCCUGUAUGAUUGAGAACUCCGACAAGGACUCUCCCAGUCUACAUUCCACACCAGAGGUGGUUGUAGACCUGAUCACCAAGCUGCUUCAUGGGUAUGAGCUUGACUCAGAGGACUUUGCAUCACCUGUGUCAUCCCCAACCACCACUCUCUCUGAUGUGGCAAUGGACAUGGUGGUUUCUGUCCUUCGGGACAUGUCCGAUUCCCCAGACGUUAUCUCAGCAUUGGAAAUGACCAAGGAUCUCAAGACGCCGUACUCCCGCCCCUCAAGUGCAAGGAUUGUAAGUGCCCUCUGCAGAGAGCUGGAGGAGCACAUGGGCUCUCCUGAUGCUCUGAGGCGAGCUUUGAGCCGCGGCAGCGGGGAGAUGACAACAGCCAUUGCGAGUGCAGUCACCAGGGAAGUCAACCGUCUGGGUUCAAUCGUACCCAAAGUCUCUGUCCGGCCGCUCUCCUCAGACAUCUGCCUAAGGACAGACCAGGACAAGGUCAUGGUUAAGAGCCGAUGUGGCUCGGCUGAGGUGAAGGCAUCCCAACCGGUGUAUAUUAUUGUUCACGUAGAGGCGGUGAUGGAUAUCAUUGUCCGGCUGCGGUCUCUGAUUGUUCCUCGGACCCAGGAUAAACUGGCCAGUUGGACCCUAGUUGAGGAUGUGACCAACAAGCUGUCCAGUGCUCUGUGGGUGAGGGUGACUAACAGGUGGAGGGAAGCAAAUGUCUGCCUGAAGGCAACAGACAUCUUUCAGCUGGUGCUGUCUGUGCAUAGAAAGUUGAUGCAACGCUAUGGCACAGAGGAAGCCCUACAGAAGAUACUGUGCCACAAGGCACCCAAGCUGCACAAGGACAUUGUCUGUCUUGUCACGAACGCAAUUAUGGAUGCACCAUCCAAACUUCAAGGCACCAAAACUCUGGAAUCUACACUCAACUUGAAAGAAUUGACAGCCUUGUUUAAUGAAAUGACAACCCGUCAAUCUUUGAAUAAGAAAGCUGAGCAGAGCAGCAUCAAGACUGAGAUUGAACAGCCGGAGUGGUCCACUGUGGAACAAGUGACAUCCGGUUCCAGCAGCUUCAUUAGGGAGCUUAUAUUAGAAGAAGUCCUGAUGAAGCUUGUCAAGAAGAUAUGCCGUAUGCCAAAAAGGACCAACAAACAUCAGCGCAUCCAGAUCAGUGAUCUGGUGACUGAGCUGAUCCGAUUGUUCGAUGAUGAGGUGGCCAAAUAUCUGAUUGAGGAAAUGGGAAGCCAGCGAAAAAGUUUCAAUUCUAAGAUGACAUCGAAGCUGGCAGAUGCCAUCUACACUGACCUUGGGAAGGUCAAGCGUUUGAAACGCUCCUUGAAAAUUGACGAUUUAUUUGAGGAUCAGGAGAUGCUUUCCAUUGUCUCUGUCAUUGUUUCCCACAAGCUACUGGCCAUCUUGAAACCCUCAGUGCCCAGCGAGACCUCAGACCUUGAAGACUCAUGCAGUGAUGAUGUGGAGGAUGUGGAAUCUGAGGGGGUGCAUUAUGCCACCGGCAGAAAGUCCAAGAUGAGCAUUGUCCUUAAAGACACUACAGACCAGCCAGAGAUGUACAUUGCUGUGGAUUCUCCACCUAUGAUUAAAUUAUCCAAGAUGAGGAAAGGCAUCCGGGGCUUCUUCUGGGGAGUCCAGAAGGCCUGGAAACGCUUGGUCACCUGCAAGUCCUCUGGGUCCUCUGAUGGGUAGCCUGGAUGACGUGCAGCCCAUGUCAGUUGCUUUUGCCAGGCUACAUCUGAGGAGGACACCACAACUGGCCUCAAUACAACAUUUUUAUUUUUGUUGUUCAUUUCUGUUUUCAUUUUGAGUCCCCUAAUGCUGCUAUGUUUGAACCAGGCUGUCAGUGGACUAGCUUACCAUUAGUUUAUACUCCUUAAGGAAGAUCCACUAUAGGCUACUCAACACCAAAAAUCCAUCUGGGUCUUUUGAUCCCUUAUUAGCUCCCACUCCUGUAACUAGGAAUGUGAGCUUCUAAAUGUCAUUCAGACAUCUACAGCUUCUCCUGUGAUUAGGAAGAUAAGAUAAGAAGCCCAACCAAUUGACUAGAUGUGCUGUACAUCUGAUGCCCUCUCCCUAUUGUAAUCAUUGAUCUACGUCCAUUGCAGCCUCUAAAUUUGAUGUAGAUAUUUAGCCUAAAUUAAAAAAUGACAAGGAGGGUAGGCCGACAGCAGCUUCUACUCUUACGAUUAGGAAAGUGGUGCUAAACUUUUUGGGCUUUGAGGAACUAUGUAUUUUAUUUUUCAAUCACUUACAUACUUUUUAAUGGUUGUUUUAAUAAACCAUUUGUAUUGCAGAUUUUGAUUAAUAUUGUAUCUUUUAUAAUUUUUCAUUUUAAUUUAGGUAUUCAUUUGAUGACAUGGGACUAAAGCGUAGUUUAUACCCUACAUACGUACACAAGAAAUAACUUCAAGCAGCUACACAAAAAACACUACACAAGAACGCAGGAUCAGCAUUUUGUGGAGCGUUCUUGUGUUGCACACGAAGGGUAUGAACUAGGCUUAGUCAUUUUAUGACUUCUA